AUGGCCGCCCCAAUGCGUCAAAUUAUUCCAGCAGUUAUCCCUGCGUAUGCGUGCCCCGAGGGUACUAAGAUGCAUAUAUUGAAUCUGGGAACUUUGACUGUCGAUGAAGGCUGGCUUCUGAAUGGCGCCAACGGAGGCUCAGCGAGCAAUCCAAAUCCCGUUCACAAACGAAGAGAUCUUAUGUUAAUUGCUGGACUGAUUUAUCAUCCUGAGAUGGGUCUUAUUCUUUUUGAAUGUGGAAGCACCGAAGACAUUAACGCGCAAUGGAGUAGUGAGGCCACGGAUUUAUUCCCUCGUACAUGCUACACCGAAAGCCAUCAUCUUCCAGAGGCAAUCAAGGCUGCCGGUUAUGAUAUCACGGAUAUUCAGGCGGUCAUUAUGGGUCACCUGCAUCUGGACCAUGCGGGUGGAUUGGAGCAUUUCCGAAACACAAGCGUCCCUAUAUACGUCCACGAAGAAGAAUUCAAACACGCCUGCUGGGCAGCUGGAACAAACUCUGAUGGUGGUCUUUACUUGGCUGAAUACUUGAAACUUGAUGGUACCUUGAAUUGGCAAACAUUCAAUGAGUCGCAAUUAGACUUGUGCACGGGAUUGACUCUCUAUCAUUGUCCUGGUCAUACCCCAGGGCUAUGCAUCAUGCAAGUCAAUCUCGCGAAAGAUGGUACAUUCAUCUGGACGACAGACCAAUAUCACGUUCGGGAGAAUUUCGAGGAUAAUUGGGCGCAUGGGUGGCUUUUGCGUGACUACCGAAGCUGGGUUGAUAGUGGAAAAUUCAUUCGGCGCUUGCAAAAAGUGUUCUCUGCAACACUCAUCUUUGGUCAUGACUACGCUGUUGCGGAAGAGCUUAUCGGCCGUAAAGCCUAUCAUGAAUAG